GGAGCGGAGCAUACCGGCGACUUUUUAACUCCCCCGUCUUCAUUCAGUGGGGUCUGUCAGUGUCCUGAAGAGUCUGAAAUAGUUUUGUUGUUGAUCGAAAUAUUGUAAGAUUUGUUUGACGAAGACGCUUUUCUCGAUUUUGAGCUUUUCGUUGGAUAUUAUCGAGUGGAGAUUUUGGGAUUGCCCUACGUUCAAUGGACACAUGGGGAUCACGUUUAUGUUUGUGGAUGUUUUAUAAAUAAACGACCUUUAAGGUUUAAAAUACGUUUUGGUCUUUUUGACAGGGUUGUGUAGUUUUGUGUUUAGUCUGUGCGAAUCCCAGUAAACGGAAAAACUUCCACCCAACUUUUUUCCUGCUGUUGGUUGUCGUGUGAUCCAGCAGGUGGAGAAACACGAGCCGCUCUUUCAUCAGAGAAAAACAACAACAUAUUUAACAUACGGAAACUUGGAAUUCUUCUAAAGUUGUCCUGGAUUUAUUUUCGUCUUGGUUGCUCGAAGUAAUUAUCCAGAACGUGUGCUGAGUCGAUUGACUGUUGGCCGUCAUGGCAUCAUCCUCUGUGAAGGUUGUGGUGCGUGUGCGGCCUUUCAACAGCCGCGAAACAAACCGAGGAGCCAAAUGUGUGAUCCAGAUGCAGGACAAAAGUACCUGUAUUAUUAACCCCAAACAACCCAAGGAUGCACCGAAGAACUUCACUUUUGACUAUUCUUACUGGUCACACAGCUCAGAAGAGGACCCGUCCUUUGCGUCUCAGAGGAAAGUGUAUCAGGACAUUGGUGAGGAGAUGCUGCUGCAUGCAUUUGAGGGUUAUAACGUGUGUAUCUUCGCUUAUGGACAGACUGGAGCAGGAAAGUCCUACACAAUGAUGGGCAAACAGGAACCUGGACAGCAAGGCAUCAUACCACAGAUGUGUGAGGAUUUGUUCAGACAAACGUCAGAUAACACUGACUCUGACCUGUCCUUCUCUGUAGAGGUGUCAUAUAUGGAGAUUUACUGUGAGCGGGUACGAGACUUGUUAAACCCAAAGAGUCGGGGGUCCCUGCGGGUCAGGGAGCAUCCUAUAAUGGGUCCUUAUGUAGAAGACCUCUCUAAAAUGGCGGUCACCAGCUACAGUGAUAUCGCUGACCUCAUGGACACUGGCAACAAAGCCAGGACGGUUGCAGCAACAAACAUGAAUGAGACUAGCAGCCGCUCUCACGCUGUCUUCACCAUCCUCUUCACACAGCGCAGACAUGAUAACAUGACCAACCUGGACACUGAGAAGGUGAGUAAGAUCAGUCUGGUGGAUCUGGCAGGAAGUGAGCGAGCAGACUCAUCUGGAGCCAAAGGCAUGAGGUUAAAGGAGGGAGCCAAUAUUAAUAAAUCUCUUACAACACUGGGUAAAGUCAUCUCAGCCCUGGCAGACAUGCACGGCACGAAGAAGAGACGCUCAGAUUUCAUUCCCUACAGGGACUCUGUGCUCACAUGGUUAUUGAGAGAGAAUCUGGGUGGAAACUCUCGCACAGCAAUGAUUGCUGCCCUGAGUCCAGCAGAUAUCAAUUAUGAGGAAACACUCAGUACGCUCAGGUAUGCAGACAGAGCAAAGCAGAUCAAGUGUAACGCUGUGGUGAAUGAGGAUCCAAACGCACGUCUCGUCAGAGAGCUGAAAGAGGAGGUGAACAGACUCCGAGAUCUGCUGCUGUCUCAAGGACUCAGCAACCUCAUCACUGCCUCAGGGUCUGAAGCAGGCCGCCCUGCUUUAGUCGUAGCGUCAGGUGCGCUUAAUCAGCCAUCGCUGUCAUAUGUACAGACUAGCUCUGAUGCACCAAUGGAGGGUAUGACGCCCACCAGCCCCACUGAGAUCAUCAGUGAAGAAGAGGCAGUGGAGAGACUCAAGGAAACAGAGAAGAUCAUUGCCGAGCUGAAUGAAACAUGGGAGGAGAAACUCAGGAAAACAGAGUCGAUACGACAGGAGAGGGAGUCACUACUGGCUGAGAUGGGUGUGUCCGUAAAAGAAGAUGGAGGACCUGUGGGUGUCUUUUCACCCAAAAGGACACCGCACCUGGUGAAUCUGAACGAGGAUCCACUGAUGUCAGAGUGUCUGAUCUAUUACAUUAAAGAUGGAGUGACCAGGGUCGGUCAGGAGGAUGUAGAUAUUCGUCUGAGCGGUCAGUUUAUAAAGGAGCUGCACUGUGUCUUCUGCAGUGAAGUCAAUGAGAAUAAUGAGGUGGUUGUGAUUCUGGAGCCGUUAGUUGGGGCAGAAACAUACGUCAAUGGCAAACAAAUUACUGAUGGUGUCGUACUCAAACAAGGUAACCGUAUAGUGAUGGGGAAGAACCAUGUGUUCAGGUUUAAUCACCCUGAGCAGGCACGGCUAGAGAGAGAGCGCAGUGCCACUCAGGAACAGCAGGGGGAGCCAGUGGACUGGAGCUACGCUCAGAGAGAACUGCUGGAGAAACAAGGCAUUGACAUAAAGCAGGAGAUGGAGAAGAGACUUCAGGAUCUGGAGUAUCAGUAUCGCAAAGAGAAAGAGGAGGCUGACCAGCUACUGGAACAACAGAGACUGUAUGCAGACUCGGACAGUGGUGAUGACUCAGAUAAACGCUCCUGUGAGGAGAGCUGGAGACUCAUCUCUUCUCUCAGAGAGAAAUUACCAGCCAACAAGAUGCAAUCUAUAGUGAAAAAGUGUGGUUUGCCCAGCAGUGGGAAGAGGAGAGAGCCGCUGCGUGUGUAUCAGAUACCUCAGCGCCGCCGCGUGCCCACCACCCUCGAGUCCAAACACAGACUGAGCUUAGAAGAGCUUCGCAAUCAGGCUGUUAAAGAGAUCUGCUAUGAGGUGGCGCUUGGAGAUUUCCGGCACACACGCCAAGAGAUUGAGGCUUUGGCCAUUGUCAGGAUGAAGGAGCUUUGCCGCACAUACAGCCAAAAAGACCCUCAAGAGAGAGAGAGCUGGAAAAGUGUGGCAAAGGAUGUGUGUGAGACAGUGGGUAUCGGAGAGGAGGAGGGGGAGAGGGAGGAGAGAACGACACCCUCAGCAGCAGGAGGAGAAGGAGGUGCAGGGAGUGAGAAAGGAAAGACCGAUAUGGGUGAACUGAAGGCUCAUAUUGAUAAGCUGACUGAUAUACUGCAGGAGGUAAAGCUGCAGAAUAACAUGAAGGGUGAGGAAAUCCGAUCACUAAGGGAUCGCAUGGUGAAGAUGGAGAAAAUAUUUCCUGUAGGAGUGCAGGGAGAAGAUGAUGACAUUGCAUUGGUUCGGGCCAGAGGUGAUGACCUGGUUGCACGAGGCAACGGACGCGAUGAGGAUUCAGGGUAUCGACGUGGUCGCCAUCGCUGGCAGUACCCCGAGAAGUACCAUGACCCUAAACGUCGCAAAGGAACCGGCAAUCAGCCAAACAAUCCCCUUUACACCCCUCCAUCAGGACACUCUCAGAACAACCCAUUUAGCGCCGGGCCGGGUUACUUCCCAAAUCCAUCUUUCAAUCCUCAACCCCCUCGCAACCCCAAUGGGUCUUUCCUGCCGGGCACUGGACGGUUUUUGCCUCCUCAAGAGAGAAAGCUGCAGUUCCCCUUUAAGAAUAAUCCCCAACAUAGGGGCUUCAUCUGGGGCCCUUCCGCAAACCAAGGCAGUGGCGAAAGUGAAAAGGAUGCAGCUGUUCAGACAUCCUCCAAUACUGAUUCGGUUCACACUUUCCAAUCUUUGCCUCCUCCAAACAAGGUCCAAUGGCCCAACAAUUAUCACCAACAACAACGUAAUCGAGGCAACAGGCAGCGGUCACGAAACAGAGGACGGAACCCAUUUGAUGGUUAUUUGACCAGUGAGCAGGCUGGGAAUGUUGAGUGUAAAGACGUUGGGGCGAUCCAAGGGCAGCACAAGCAGGGUAGAGCAAGGUACACUUGGUACAAUCCAAACGUUGGUUCUGACCAGUUUGUUGGAGAUGGAUCUCAAUUGAACUACAAUCACCACCAAAGCAGGCAAGGUCUCUACAGACACCCCAAUGCACAGUACAACCACUACCAACGCACUCAUCAGCAGGACAACACCCCAGGAGUGACCCAACUUGGGUUUGAAGGCAAUCCCAAUCCAUCUUCUACACCAGAAUGUAGCACCCCAAUGGAGACGUGAUUUACUUGCUUGCCCAGAGGUGGCUACUCAGUGGAUGAUCUGUGGAGUCCACGAUGUUGUAAAGGGCUGUACAUGGGAGCCAAUUUAGCACUUGGCAGUAUUUGUUUGAUUUUCAUCUGCUAUUCUUGGAUGGGAUUCAGAGGAAACUUAGAAUUUCCUUUCCCACUGAUGUAGUCCUAGGUCAGCAAUAACCAUUUUUAAUCUUCCAUUUUGUUGUGGUUUGUUGUGGAACGGUUUUAUAGCAAGAAUGUUGAAGCAACAGCUAGGGGGAAUGAUUUUACAGGAACUUCUUGGUGCAUUAACACGUUUUGUAUGGAAAACAUUUUUAAGAAAAUAUUUUAUGCGCCUGAAUUUAAUAUGUACAUAUUGCAGCUCCAUACCUGCACCUACAGUGCUUUAUGAGUGAUAUGUUUAUGUGCGCACAUAUUUGUAUUUGUUUUUCAGAUGUAUAUAUUCAUAUGCAGGUUAUAUAUUGGAAAGGUAUGUAUUUGCAAGAGAAUUCAGCCGAUUAAUUUGUUCUUUACAGUGCACAAUGUAAUGAAACAUUGAUGUUAUGGCCUUUUUAAAGUCUGUACAUUUGGAAAGCUCUGCUGGAUUUUUAAUUAUUUCACAUUGUGCCUGCUGAAAAACCAAAGAAUUUGGAAAUUCUGCUUUGGGUGCUGCCAUUUUUAUAAUUCGACAUUUUCCCCAAUUUUUUUUAUCAUCUGUAUUUUCAUUCUUCUUGCAUCCUGAGGGUCUUGUGUUUCCACUGCAGUCUAUUUUCUUUUGGGGAGAUUUCUAACAAAAGAAAUAUGAUAGCUUAUUCUAAGACAAAACUUGCUUUAUAGUUAAGUGCAAAUAAAGUGGGUUGCAGUGCCUUAUAUUUUAUUUUUUGAGGUACCCUCAUUUUGCACGUUAACCAGGUGCAACUUUAUAAAACAAGAAAUGCUAAAACCUAUCUCUUCCAGGUUAAGGUGCAUUCACACAGACAGCAAUUUGCAGUGGAAAAGCAACCAGACGUCAUUCAUUUUCAAUGAGGGUUAGCGAUUUCCAUGUGUUAGCCAACAUAACAGUGACUGUUGCCGAUGCGACAAAGUUGAACCAAGUUUAACUUUACCAACCCAGAAAGCACAGAUACAUCUCAGGGAUGUAUGUUGUAGAUGAAAUUUAUCUAAUUCUAAUUAACAUCAGAUAGCCAUCUUAAAAAGAUCAGAUUUACAAACAUUCUAAAUCAUAAACAUCUCAAAGACAUCUGCUGAUUGUCCUUUUGACAUCCAAGAGGAAAUGUCUCAUAGACGUAUUGCAGAUUAGGGCUGCAACUAAUGUUUAUUUUGAUAAUAGACUAAUUUAACGAUUAUUAGAACGAUUAUUCGACUAUUCGGGCGAUUAUUGCAACGAUUAAUCAUUAGCUCUUAACCAACUAUUCAGCUUGUGCCCGACUUAAAAGGUUGUACUAAACAUGCUUGCUAACAAUAAAGUGGACAAAAUCAUCUUUUAAAAAUACCUCUAAACAUUCACUGAAUUAAAGUCUAACUAAAGUUUGAUUCAAAAAAAAUUCACAGUAAAAAAAUCCUAUUGUUAUCAAGUGUUUUUAUCUUGUUUUCCAUUUAAAAUUGUCUAAAAAUACAUUUACUUGAGAAGCAACAUAUAAGAUAUUUAGACAUGCUUUAGGAGAAUGUAUCUUAAAUAUAAGUGUAUUUAAUAUAAGUGUAUUUUGUAUUUAAGUGUAUUUUUUCACUUGUUUAUACUUCUGCGAGUGCAGUAAAGACAAAAUAUACUUAUAUUCAAGAUCUGUUCUCUAAAAGCAAGUCAAAUAUAUCUAUGCUGCUUCUCAGGUGAAUGCAUCUUUUUUUUUUAUUUUUUUUUUUUAAGAAUUUGUAGAUAUUUUAAAAUAUUUGUAUUUUUAAUAUUAUAUUCAACAUUCUCAGUCUUUUUUUCUUCUGCAGUAUAUCUGCUUAAGUAAAUGUAUGUUGUUUUAAAGAAGUUUUAGAUAUUUAUAUUGGAAAACAAGCCAAAACAAAAACAAAUCAAAAACGUAUUUUGUUGCAGUGUAUAACUGGGCGAAGACUACCCUCUCUCACCUUUCUGUGCACUUCAGUCCAUCUUUAACUCACAAAAACAAUAAAAAUAAAUAACUCUCUCUUAUAUUGCUAAUUUUCUUCAUGUUAAGAAAUGCACAGUGACACAGCUGGGUGCAGUUUCAAUCUUUCCACCUUAGAUCGGGACAUUCGCACAACUCAUAGAAGAGGCGCUGAACGCAGUAACGGUUCUGGCUUGUAUGGCGCCCUGGGCGAAACCCGCUUCAAGACACCCCCAAAGUUGUUGACUGGGGGGGUGGGGUUUUGCCGGGGUUGGUGAUUGUAAAUGAGAACACUCCGGGGGGGGACGCUGCCUUGUGCUGCCCCCCAGAAGUUGCCACCCUGGGCAACUGCCCAUGUCGCCCAUGCCUAGAUCCGCCACUGGCUGAACGCACAGAGAAAUGCCAGUUUUGGAGUUUGUAGUUAUUUACAUUAUCUGCUUCCAUAUGAUUUGACCUUUAAUAAAGCUAUAACGCAUUAAAUAUAAUUGCAUUUAAGAUGUAACGCUGGGGUGUUUCUUUUAAAGACACUCGACACGCAAGUUUUGCUUCAGGGGAACGGCAGCUCCAGCUCCACUUAUUUCACAAUGAGAGUGCUUCUGUAUUUACUUAUUUGGUAUUUUUGUAUAAUUCCCUCAUACUUUGCGAUCUACAUCACCUGAAGCUGUUUGGAAAGUUUAGUGUGUGUCUGGACUGUGAGCUGUGUUUUCUUCCUCUCCUCAGUCAGGCGCGAGCUGCAGUGCUACUCUCGCGUGUCAUCAUUAGAGUUUCAUGUGAUCUUGUGUUACAUUAAAUGAGAUCAAAGGACUAUUCGACAACUAACAUUUUUGUCGACAAUUUUUUAAUGUCGACGUUGUCGAUAACGUCGACUAAUCGUUUCAGCCCUAUUGCAGAUAAGCAAACAACCUAAAAAAUAAGUCUUCCAAAUGUAAACACACAUUAAAUAGGUGUCUCGGUGAUUGUGUUCUCUUUAACGAGAAACCUUUGACGUCAAAUGACUGACACAAUGGCAUCAGAAUUUUAGCAUCAUUUAAUUAUACGCUGGGGUACAAUUUUGUCAUCGUGACAUAUGUUGAGGGAAUGAUUUUCAUUUCAAACCAGCAACAUAUAUUCACAGUCCUAAUCUGUUGUUUAUCUGUUUAUUUAAUCUGUCUGUACACAUCCUGCACUGCUGAAGUGACCCGUUUAACUCUGGGUGUAUUCUGAGUCUUACAAUCACUUUAUGUGAAGAACAAACCCAAAUGAAUGUUUUUAUUCACCAAACAUGGUCAUCCAGAGUCCACCGUAACACAUCCUGCACAAGUUUCAUUGUAACACAUUAAAAAAUUGCCGCCACAAGCGUUAUGUCACAGGUUUGACGUCAGCAACUCAGCAAUUUUACCAUUGGCUCUCGCGUGUCUUGUGACUGGUUGUGACGACCUCAGGUUUGGUUGUAUUAAUUUUUUGAAUGAGACUGCCGGUACAAUCAGGAUGACAGUUUCUUGGGGAAUAUUUUCAACUAUUAAAACCUUCAGUUUCACUCUGCUAAUGACACAAUGCCAUUAUAUGGUUUGGAGUAUUAUUGUGCAUUUUUAGAAAUAAAUUAUCGUGACUAUUUUA